AUGUUGUCAGCUCCCGUUAAAUCGGCGAAGCGCAUCUCGUCACUCUUCUCCUUGGGUCAUCACAAGGACCAGUCGACUAGCCCAUCCCCGAAUUCUCCGGCUUUCCAGACUUCAGGCGAUGGCACACAAAACGAACAUCAAAGAAACCAGUCUCGCCCGACACGUCAUGUCUCAACUCCCAAUGCCAUUCUCUCAGAACCCAGAACAGUGCCUGACGCGGAAAUGGAGGCUUUCGACCUGGCCGGCCUUCAGCCCCCUCCCUCCCUGUUGGCUGUCAAUCAAGAUCUUGCCAAUAGUACUCCCAGCUCCCCAACCGACAGCCGCCCUGGAAGUAGGAGUCGCGGCGAUGCCAGGAGACCUAUGAGCUCCGCUGGUUUGGCUAUUCCCGGUUCUACGCCAGACUCCCUCCCUGACACCCCUUCCUCGAGACGCCGCAGCUGGAUGCCGGGCAUGACAGGUCGCUCUCGUGCCAGUUCGGUGGAUAAACGGUCACCCGCACCAAACUCGCCAGGCGCCUGGAUUGCGGGUUUGGAUCAGAAAGUGCCAUAUGAUCUUGGACCCUUGUCAAGAGGAGACCAGAUUAAUGAGCUAUGGAACGAGCAAGGCGAUACCUUCGUGUACCUAUUCCCACAGACAACUGGACGCGCUCCCUCCUUCAAAGUUGACUCUACUAUAUUUACCGAAUCGCCAUCUCUCAAUUUCCUCGCUCGUGGCACUGACCCCAAAACCAGCGCCUUGGAGGCGUCAACACGCAGCCUCUCCGUCCAGAGCCCGAUUUCUCCGCCUUUGACCCCACAGGAUCGCCUCGGAGACAAUGAUAAUGAUAGCCAGGGCAGCCAGCGAAUGCCUUUUGACGACGGCGUGGACGAGGUUCAGGAGCUGCACCUUUACCUGCCCAUUCCGCUCCACUGUGAUAUGUCUUCCCCGCAGUCUCGCCUUACCCAGGAAGACACUGAAACUAUGCUCCUGUUCCGCAACCUGUUCGCCUUCCUUCUGGGCCAAUCCCUCAUCGCCACGCCGAAAUCUUCGUCCCUCUUCAGUAUUUUCAUGGAUGUCGCCGUCUUGUUGGCACGAUUUGAAUUCUCGAACCUGGAUGGCUCGAACUUCGGUGAAACAGCCACCUCUAGUUUCAGCAACUAUUGCGACGAACUGCGUCUGGCGGAUGUACGUAGAAGCCGGGAGAAGACCAUUGAGGCUAUCGUCCUUGGUGAGCGCCUUCGGUACUUUCCUCUCUACCUCGAGGGAUUCGUCCACGGUGUUGGCAAGCUCGAUGAAAUCAAGCAGCUUCGAAGCCCGAAGUUCACCUUUAUUCAUCCCAUCACUCAAAAGCGCCUGGAGCGUGGCUUCAUCGACCUCGACACCCGUCUUCGGGGUUUGUACGGAAAACUCCAGGACUUUGACUUCCCCUCUAUCUUUUCGGGUGUUGCGAACUCGACCACUUCUGCGGAGAGCAAAGUAGUUCGCUUUAAACAGUGGAAGACCGGAUUCAUGGAAUUCCGUCGCUUCACAUUGCAAUUCUAUCGACACAAGUAUGGCUCUUGGCCGCCCAAGGCCCAUUCCAAGAAGAAUGAAUUUGAAGAGAGUGGCCUAAACCGUCAGCUUCUCCUCGACUUGUACCAUGACUUUACUGAUCUCUACGAUCUGCUGGUCGACCGCAAGAACCUUACCACUCGUACCAUUGACUCUUCCGGCGCAGGCGGUGACCAGUCUUCGACGGAGAUCAAGGAUGUCCUUCUGCGCGCACUCCGCCAGGUUCUGAGCGAGUACGAUCGCAGUACUCCUCCCGUUUCCCCUCCUAUUCCUUUCGACGUUCCUCAGAUCCCCUCGCUGCAGGUUUUGCACCGGAAACCGCUGGACCCGAAGAAAGAUGCUAAACUGCGUACCAAGAAGAUCAAGAGCUCAGACGUCAAUGCCGUACUGAUGGACUCAUACACCCGUGAGAGCAUGCGGCCCACUGCAUUCAUCGAGAGUUUCAUGCAGUUCGAGCGUCGCUCUGCCAAUGGCAAGACUCUGGAAGACAUUAUCGAUCUCCGCUGCGGACAGUGGAUCUUCCUAUACGCGGUGAUCCAGUCGCUACCCAUGUUGGUUGUGGAUGUUCCCGAGGUUCGCUUCACGGAAGCCGUGGAGUACUUCCUCUGCAUUGCCCCUCGUGGUGGUGCACCCUGGAUCCACAAUGAUACCAAAACUGCUCGAAGCUGGUUUGGAGUCGCAGGUGGUGCUGGCGUUGUUAGUCUGCCGUCAGAUGUUGUCAUCAACGGUGUGGAGGGUGUAUACCGCCGCAGUCACUGCUGGCAGGUCGCUGAGCAAUGGGCCGAAGUUGGUCAACUCAUUGAACCUCAAAUGGCCGAUGAUGGAUAUGAGGAUGAGUCCUCCAUUUCUUCCCCGUACCCCACCAACCAGUCCUCAGCUGGCUCCUCAUCAGACCCAUUCCCUGUGAGUGCGGCAACAACUGACGGUCUCACGCCACCCCCUGUCAUUCCUCGCCAACGAUCCCCUGGUUCCGGCGCACGGGCGGAGAAUCGUCACUCCAUCUACCCAGGACUUGAAGCAUUGCCACUGCCCGCUGGUAUUGCCCCCAUCGAGCCCCCUGCCCGUCCUAUGAGCCGAUUCAACCCGAACAUGAGCUUCGACGAUAUCCUGCGUGAAGUUCCCCAGAAAGAAAAGGGAAAGAAGCACUAA